UACCAACCGAGCGACUAACAAGCAAAUCGUGAGCGUGCGUUCAAUAAACGUGUGAAAGAGUUCGCAAAUAAAUCACUUUAAUCCUCCGCAACACCUUCAUAUCCAGACAUGAAAUAUCUGAUCGUACUUAGCUUGAUCGCAGCCACCACCGCUGCCCCUGGAUUAUUGGGUUUGGGUCAUGGAUCGUAUGCAGCGCCAGCGCUGAGUUUAGGUCAUGCCCCAGCUUAUAGUUACGCCGCUCCAGCUCUUAGUUUUGCUCAACCCGCCCCAGCUAUCAGUUACGCCGCUCCAGCUGUUAGUUACGCAGCGCCAGCCAUCAGCCUUGCUCCAGCGCCCGUUGUCAAGACUUACUCCGCACCUGCUGUAGUAGCCGCACCGACCAUAGUGAAAGCAGCCCCAGCCGCCACCAGCUACUCCACCUUCAGUCAGGUCAUUCAGCAAUCUGCUCCAGCCGUCGUGAAGGUCGCCGCCGCUGCACCAGUUGCCGUAGCGGCUCCUGCCAUUUCUUACGCUGCACCCGCUCCGGCCAUCUCGUAUGCUGCCGCACCGGCGAUCUCGUAUGCCGCACCUGCGCCAGCCAUUUCGUACGCCGCACCCUCCAUCUCAUACGCCGCCCCCGCUCCAGCCAUUUCAUACGCCGCAGCCGCCCCAUCCAUUUCUUAUGCUGCAGCUGCCCCAGCCAUUUCGUACGCCGCAGCCGCCCCAUCCAUUUCUUAUGCUGCAGCUGCACCAGCCAUCUCGUAUGCUGCCGCACCGACCAUCUCGUAUGCCGCAUCCGCCCCAACCAUUUCGUACGCCGCACCCGCCAUAAAAUACGCCGCCCCCGCGAUCUCCUACGCUGCAGCUGCCCCAUCCAUUGUGAAGUAUGCUGCUCCAGCCAUCAGCUACGGUGCCGGUCUCAGUUAUGGCCACGGCUAUCAUUAAAUGCGUUACAAUCCACGUGCAGCAAAAACGAAAUGGAAAUAAGCAAAGACACGCAUGCGAGAAAAAUUCACAAUAACGUGGUGUAACGGAAAAAAAAAUGCAAAAUGCAUAUGUUUUAACAAAAAAACUAAUAUAAAGGCCACAUAAAUAGCGUCAAAAUGGCGUAACUGAGGAAUGCGGUGCAAAAUAAUACGGAAGUUGUCUA